AUGUCCCGGAUGCCCAUAUUUGAACCGGGCCUCAACGCGGACUACAUCAAGAUAGUCCAGAUUGUGGAAACACAUAUUGAAACUCUGACAUACAAGGUCUGGCGCCGCCGCGAAGUGAUUGAUCAACUGGAAACCCUUUGUCGCGAGCUGGUAUUCCAAGCAACUUGCGAUGAAUGCAAGCCUCGUAGUCAUCUUCUUGGCUACGCCCAAUUCCAGCGGUUCUCCAUGACACUCAGACUUUGCUUACCUGAGGCAAUCCUCGUCCUCGAGAGUGAUGGGACUAGUUAUCAGGUAAGUAAUCGGGCUUUCCGCUGGAUGAGAGAGGAUGUGAUUGAACACAGGGCAGCUUGUAUCCUCAAAGAGGCACUUACCGCUGCGCAGUCCACUGACUGGUAUCUUUGA